AUGGCAUCGUACAUUGAUAAGACCAAGACGACCAAGUCCAAGAGCUACCGCGGCUCCACGUCGUAUGCGACAUUCAUGAUCAUUGGACCGACAUGUUUCUUCCUGGGCAUUCUCUUCGCGUCGUUUCCGUACGACUUCCCUCUGCUGUGGAGCAAAGAGGCCAUACCGGCCGAGUUCUUUGACCAGCUAGAGAAUCACCUGCGCUUCAUACACCAGUCGCCUCCCAUCAUCAGCCGCGUACUCAACAUCAUCCUAGCGACAGCCUUCAUCGGCUUCGCCAUCAAGAUGUACCGGCCCAGCGAGGCCAACUUCCUGUUCGACGGCGCCUCGGGCAUCCUGUACCUCAUCGCUCUAGCCGUCUACACUGCCAACACGGUCAAGGGCCUGCGUGCCAUCAGCGCGGGAGUGUGGAACACGGAGGAGUUCAAGACUACGCGCGAGGGUCGAUACGAUGGCGAGGUGCUCCUCGGUCGCGAAGACAGCCUCAAAGUCCUCGCCGCCAGCAACACCAUCCUCGCACUCGUACUCAUCGGCGUCCUCGUUCUCCAGGCUGGCCAGUGGUAUGCCGAGAAGAAGGAUGCCGAGGAGAUGGCCAAGUUUGAGGCCCAGGCUGCCGAGGAGGAGAACAAGACUUCGUCGCCUGCCAAGUCGAGCAAGAAGAAGCAGUGA